AUGAGCACUUCAGAGCUGCAUCAUGCAGAAUUCAUCAAAAGCUUCUCAAAUAAAGACAAAUUUAUCCCAAAACAAGAUAAGCUUAGCUUUUACGUGUAAACAUUUAAUCAGAAAAUGCAGCGAUAUGCGAAGAUAUAAAGUCAAAUACGGUCUAAGACUUAGAGAUGCAAUUAGAGCAGCACCAAUGACUCAUAAGUCGCCUGAACCACAUAUAACAGAGCUUUCUGAGGAAGAAAUAAACAUUGAUACCCAGCAAAAUCAAGCCACUUAUUAUCCCUUAGAAGAUCUUCUUUAUAUAAAUCGAAAAAACCUAUCUCCAGCGUUAAAAGAAUACAUGAAAGUCCAAGUGUUUUCCCCUAAUCUGGAGCAAAAAAAGUAUAAUAAUCUUCCAAGCUUUUUCUUAGAAAAAUACAAAAUCAUUUCAAAAGUUUUAGAUGAAGAUAAAUUGCAUAGGCAAAUAAAAGAAAAUCAAGAAAUUCAAAUUAAAUCAUUUAAUAAACAGCCUCAGAAAAAUGAUAUAGUGAAAAAGAAAAACAAACGGUUCGAAUGAGAAGACGAAAUGAGUGAAAUCGGCGAAGAAGUAGAAAAGCUGGUUGAACAUGAUUUAUAUGAAGAACAAAGACGCACACUUGAAAAAAUCAGAAAGCAAGAAGAAGCGAAAAGAAUGUUUGGAGAACAAAAACGAAUACAAACUUUUGUAGAUCCUAGACACAGAAAUUUAAAAUUUACUCACAAAACAAGCAGAAAGUGCAACCAUCAGUCUCUUCCGGACUUACAGUUUGCAUUGCCACCUCCUUUAUCUGACUCUCCACAGUUUUUUUUGCCUGAAAUCACUCCUAAUGCAGGAGUUUCUGUAAUUUUUACUCAGUCCCCGGUUUUUUCUUCUCCAAAAUCUUCUAGCAGUGUAAAAGAUAUGAUAAAAGACAUUAAAAGCAUGCAGAAAUCGUUAAAUUCUCAGUUUUUAUACAACACCAAAAGUAAAUCCAGAACAACAAGAGAUUUAAAAUUGCAGUCUCCUUAUAAAACUGAUCUAUAA